CCAAGAGUUAUCUCUCUUGAUCUUGUAUUGUACAGUCUGAGAGUUAUUCCUCUUUAUGUGGAACUCUUCUAUGUUUAGUUUUUCACGCUGUAUACGUGCGGUCCCGCCGCAGUGCUACACAUUUUCUAUACCAACAUAUUCCAUGUUUCAUCCUUGUCCCCUCAAAUUGUAAGUAUCAUAUGCAUUUAGAUAUAUGAAAUAUUCAUUUUAUUUGUUGUUUUUGCCAUGACAUGUUUAUAUAAGCAAACAUAAGCACCCUCGUAAUGACUGUUACUGUAGUAGGUUGUAGGCGCCAUAUUUUCUCGUGUUUACAUUUGUUGAUGUUAAACAUAUAAGGAUACCUUCAUUAUUUAUAUGAUUUACUGGUCAUUAAUAAGUACACAGCACACCUAUAAAGUGUGAUUUCUUUGUUUAUAUUUUUCAAUUAAAUUGUUUUCCAUUUUUUACCUACAUUCCAUAAUUUCCCUCGGGCUACUGUUUCAAUACUGGGUGCACAUUUUGGAAUUCGUCUAUUUUGAUAAUUGUCAAUUUAUUUCUUAUGAGAACUAUGAUAUAUAUACAUAUAUGAUAUAAAUGUAUUAUUGUGUGAAUUGUUAAAAUGUCAGUUUGCAUAUUAUCCCAUGUAUUCAUAAAUUGUUUAUAUUUUGUUUCAGCAAUUUACCACUUCAGAUCUACAUCAGAUCUACAUUCAAUAAAGAUUACCAAUAGUUAUUGAAUCUGGUUAUACUUGCUGUUUUUCAAACAGUACAGUAAAUUGAAUUUACACACCAAGGAUACAUGGCUACUGGAGGGCUCCCCUUACCACGGAACGGUGAUUCCCAGAACGAGAUUGAAGAAAACAACACCUCUACCAAGGAUAAACGUGAUGUUAUCUUGAGUGAGAAAGGACUCUUAGCAUUUGAAGAAGAAUGUUCAAAAUAUAAGAAACCUAUAUUCGAAACAUGGGGGAAAGUCGAAAAAUGCAUUCUACGUGUGCAAAAAUGUGACAGAAACAUUGAACAAUAUCAAAUCUUACAGAGUGAUAUAGAGAACACAUUCAGUGAGUUUCACAGCAGUAUUAAACAGUACCUUGUCUUUCUACAAAGACACUCUAGAAGUGACCAAGGUAAAAGUGAGAUGAAACGAUGUACCGAGGACUUCGAGAAAGGAAAGUCAGUGGUUUACAAGGCCUUAGACAACAUUAAAGCUGCAAAAUUAGACCUCUUAGAAACAGCCUCAGAAAUAUCAACAACCAGCACUGAGAAGAAAAGAAGAAAAGAGCGGAAGUUGGAAGUAAUGAAAAAAGAAGCAGAGCUAAGAAAACAGAAACUUCGCCUUGAGGAAGAUGAAUCAAUACGCAUAGCUGAAAUGAACAGAAAAAAGUGUGAGUUGGACAUUGACUUAGAUUUACUGAAACAAGAACAGAGUGCUAGUGAUGAUGAACUUUCAAUGGAGCAAGACCUUGCCGACAUUGAGAGAGAGAGUUCAGGGGAACGAACACAGAAGUUUGUGGAAAACAUCCCUUCCAAUCCUGUUGAUGUCCAGAUACCCACAACUGAAUCGCCUCAUGUGCUAUCUGAAAUGGCCCUGCUUAUGAUUAAAAAGCAAAUGCUUCCUGAACGUUUUUCAAACUUUGAUGACUCGCCAGAUUCGUACAAUGCCUGGAAGGAAACAUUUACCAAUAUUAUCAGUGAACUAAAAGUUUCCUGUAAUGAAGAACUUGAGUUAAUGUUAAAUAGACUCACUGGCAAUUCCAAACUUACAGCAAUUGGAAUUCGCAAUGCAAAUCCUGGUAAACCUAAGGAAGCACUUCAAAUAAUCUGGAAAAGACUUGAUGAGAUGUACGGGAGACCAGAAAUGAUCGAAGCGUCUAUACGUCACCAGCUAGAAAACUUCCGACCAGUGACAUCAGCUGAAAACAAACGCCUGUAUGACUUGUUAAACAUUCUCAUUAAGAUAGAAUCACUGAUGGCCAAUUCAACAUUUUCUACAAGUCUAUCGUAUUUUAACUCGUCAAUUGGAGUGAAUCCUAUCAUCAACAAAUUACCAUUUCACCUGCAGGAAAAAUGGAUCGCCAAAGCCUCCAAUUACAAAAAGUUAAACAAAGUGCCGUUCCCACCAUUUUCAUAUUUUGUGACAUUUGUACGCGAAAUGAGUGAAAUCAGAAAUGAUCCGGCAUUUGUAUUCACCAACAGCCGACAACCAGCUCUCAAGAGACCGGUAUACUCCAAAAAGUCUGAGGUGUCAACAGACAACAACAACAACGCCCGCUGUCCAUAUCAUAAGGCAGAUCAUAGCAUCCAUGAUUGUAGAGCCUUCCGUGCGAAACCGUUCUUUGAACGCAAGAACUUUUUGCAAAGUAAAAACAUUUGUACUAGAUGUUGCACCUCAACUAGUCAUACAGCAAAAGACUGCCAAGUCAAAAUCCAAUGCACUGCUUGUGGGAGUGUUUAUCAUACGACAGCUUUGCAUAUAAACAAAGGUCCAUCAUCAAGCCCAAGCAUGCAUGGCGGGGAGAAAAUGUAUAACUCAGCUCUACAAACCAUGAAGUCAGAAACAGACAACAUAUCGCCUGUACCUAUGAAAGCUUCAACAAACACUAGUGUCAAGUGUACUACAUUCUGUGGCGACCAUUAUCAAGGCAGAUCAUGCAGCAAAAUUUUCCUUGUGGAUGUAUUUCACACAGACUGUCCUAACAACAUGUAUCGUGUUUACGCAAUCGUGGAUGACCAAUGUAACCAGUCUCUUGCAUCUCCAGAACUAUUUGAUGCCUUGAACAUUAUGUCCUCACCCAUUCAUUACACUUUGACUACAUGUAUGGGAAAGACAGCCCAAAAUGGUCGGCAAGCACAUGGUUUGAAGUUACGAUCAUUGGACACAGCUGUGACAAUGGACCUUUCUCUUCUGAUGGAAUGUGAUGACAUCCCUAACGAAACCUCUGAAAUUCCUACACCAGAAGUUGCUAAGAGCUACCCUCACCUUCUCAGAAUUGCAUCUAGUAUACCUGAGUUUGAUGUGAAUUCAAAAAUACAGCUCCUUAUUGGUAGAGACUUGAUUGAGGCCCAUCACAUUGAAGAGCAGAUCACUGGACCUCGAGGGGAACCAUUCGCUCAAAGACUUAGUCUUGGUUGGGCUAUAAUUGGUGAAGUUUGUCUCGGUAAACUUCAUAGAAGAACCUCAGUGAAUGUCAACAAAGUGUCUAUUCUCAAUGAUGGUAGAGUUACAUGCAGUCAACCGUGUCAGAACAACAUUGAUGUGAAAGAGCAAACACUUGUGUCUAACUAUAUAAUUGGUGAGCGUGACUUUCAAUUUCAUGGUGAAGAUGUCUUCAUGAAGACCCCUGAAGAUGAUUGUACUGGUUUAUCGGUAGAAGACAGACUAUUCCUUAAGUUGAUGGAUAGAUCAUUCACUAAAGACAAGGACGGCAUGUGGACUGCACCUCUUCCUUUUCGAGAGAACCAACCUGAUCUUCCUAACAACAGACCUCAGGCAUUACAUCGAGCUCAGAUACUACACAACAGUUUACAGAGAGAUACAGAAAAGAAGAGACAGUUUGUGAAAUUCAUGGAGAAAGUUCUAAACAGUGGAGCAGCAGAAGUUGCGCCACCUCCAACAAGCACAGGUUGCUGGUACCUACCUUUGUUUGGCGUUCGUAACCCAAAGAAACCAGAUCAAAUAAGAGGCGUUUUCGACUCGUCAGCCAAGUAUGGUGGAGUUUCCCUCAAUUCAGUACUCAUGUCUGGUCCAGACAUGAUCAACAGUCUUCUUGGGAUCUUACUUCGCUUUAGGAAGGAUGAGGUGGCGAUGGCAGCAGAUAUAGAGCAGGUGUUUUACCGAUUUCGUGUUGAUGAAGACCACCGCAAUUAUCUACGUUUCUUUUGGUAUAAAGAAAACAACCCAGAUGACAUCAUGAUAGAGUACAGAAUGACUUCACAUGUAUUCGGCAACAGUCCGUCGCCUGCUAUUGCAUCUUAUGGACUCCUUAAGACUGUCGAACACGCUGAUCGAGAUGUGAAAAACUUUGUACAGCAUAACUUCUACGUUGAUGACGGGUUAAUCUCUUUACCAAAUGAAUCAGAUGCUAUCAGCCUGAUGAAGCGAACACAGUCAACCAUGAAACAGGAAGGUCAGAUUCGUCUUCACAAAAUCACGUCCAAUAAACAAGCUGUGAUGGACGCUUUUGAUGUCAGUGAUCAUGGAGAACAGCUGAAAGAAAUAGAUAGUGAUGACAUGAUACACAGAUCUCUUGGACUUUGUUGGAGACUGAAGGACGAUACUUUUGUGUUUACUGUACCUACUGAAGAGAAACCUUUUACUCGUCGCGGUCUGCUCUCAACUGUAAACAGCUUAUUCGACCCAUUAGGUUUCAUAUCACCAAUCAUCAUCAGCGGUAAAAUACUUCUCCGAGAAUGCACACCUGAAGGAGUUGACUGGGAUGAACCAUUACCUGUCAAUAAUCUUCAAAAGUGGAAGGAGUGGCAAUCGUCUCUUCACUGUCUCAGUGAUAUCGCCAUUCCCCGUAUGAUGUCUCACACCUCUGUUAGUUCAGCUCAGACAGCAGAAGUUCACAUAUUCUCAGAUGCUUCAGAAAAGGCAAUAGCAGCAUCAGCAUAUAUAAAAACUGUAAGUGAUGGACAAACAAGCGUUCGAUUCAUCAUGGGAAGAAGCAAGUUAGCACCUCUUAAUGGCCACACCAUUCCUCGCCUAGAAUUGUGUGGAGCUGUCUUAGCAACGGAACUCGCAGAGAUCAUAUCUGUACAACUUGGCAUCCCAUUGCAAACCAUGAGAUUUUACACAGAUAGCAGAGUUGUGUUAGGCUACAUUGGUAAUAGGACUCGAAGAUUUUACACCUAUGUAAGCAACCGAGUUGAUCGUAUUCUACGAAUAUCUAAUGCCAAUCAAUGGAACUUCAUUUCCAGUGAAAAGAAUCCUGCAGAUUCUUGUACAAGAUGCAACACUAAUGUGAUCAACAUUAUGCGGUUACCAUGGAUUACUGGUCCACAAUGGUUGUGUGAUGUGACGGAAAUGAAACCUACACAGUUUCCACUUGUUGAACCUGAUAGUGACAGAGAAGUCCGUCCAAUCGAUAGACCAGUAAUAUGUUCACAAACUGACGUUACCAUUACAACAACAGGAUCUGAUCUCAUUACCAAGAAAUUUGAUCGAUUUGAUCGUUGGAGUUGUCUCAUUACGGGCAUUGCUUGUCUCAAGCGAGUUUGCCGCAGGUUUAGAGCUUGUCGUGACCAGAAACCUAUGCAACUUACCCGUUAUGAUGAAAUUCGUGAAGCAGAGACCUUUGUCCUAAAACAGAUUCAACAAGAAUUCUUCUCUAAAGAGAUAAACAGUUUAAAGUCUGGAAAACCUCUGAACAAAGACACAAGUAUAUCCACACUUGCACCAUUCUUAGAUGAAAAUGGACUAAUGUGUGUUGGUGGAAGAUUGAACAAAGCUGCUGGAAUUUUACCAUCAAAGGAAAUCAAUCCAAUUAUUCUUCCCAAGAACAGUCAUAUCUCUGUUCUUUUGAUUCGUCAUUUUCACGAGCAAGUCAAACAUCAGGGGAGAUUAUUCACUGAAGGUGCACUUCGUACGGCAGGUUAUUGGAUCCUGGGAGGCAAGCGCAUGAUUUCAUCUUUCAUUCACACUUGCGUGACUUGUCGAAAACUUCGCCGUGGCCUCGAAACACAGAUGAUGGCAGACUUACCAGAGGACAGGAUCACACCAGGCCCAGCUUUCACAUCUGUUGGAAUUGAUGUCUUCGGACCAUGGGAAGUCUGUACCCGCAGAACUAGAGGAGGAGCUGCAAACAGCAAGAGAUGGGGACUGAUGUUUACCUGUUUAACAUCAAGAGCAGCUCACAUAGAGGUUAUUGAAGAGAUGUCGAGUUCAUGUUUUAUAAAUGCACUGCGUAGAUUUCUAUCACUCCGUGGCCCAGUGAAGAUAAUAAGAUCUGACCGAGGCACCAAUUUCAUUGGAGCUGCUGAGGAAAUGAGAGUGAACACGAUAAAAGUAGAAGAGGGACCAGUUCAACAGUUCCUGGACAAAUCCUACAUCACCUGGAUUUUCAAUGUCCCACAUUCCUCCCAUAUGGGUGGUGUCUGGGAGCGAGUCAUAGGAAUGACAAGGAAAAUCCUUGAUUCAAUGCUUUUGGAAUCUAGUGGUAAACCUCUAACACAUGAGACAUUAGCAACAUUUUUAUGUGAAGUUUGUGCCAUCAUAAACUCUAGACCUAUAGCACCGAUACCUUCGGAUCCAAAUGACCCAAUGAUUCUUACACCAACUAUGAUUCUCACCGGAAAAGUUGAUUUCCUACCAGUCGUGUCUGAUUCACUCAGUCUACAAGACGUUUACAGAGCGCAAUGGAAACGUGUCCAAAUCCUUGCAGAUAUUUUCUGAAUCAGUGGCGUAAGCAGUAUCUAUCUAUCCUACAAAGUAGACGUAAGUGGAAAAGCAAAACCAGAAACGUUAAAGAAGAUGAUGUGGUACUGUUGAAAGAUCCCGCUGAGCACCGGAACAACUGGCCAACUGGUAUUAUCGACCGCGUAUUUCCAAGUGACGAUGGAAUCGUGAGAAAAGUUGUUGUGCGAACUAUUCGAGCCGGAAAACCAACAUUUUACAUUCGACCAAUUCAUGAUCUCGUGUUGCUAAUAGAAAGUGAACAGUGACUAGAUGUGAACUGUAACUUAUGGACUGUGAAUAAUGGACUGUAACUUAUGGACUGUGAAUAAUGGACUGUUAACAAUGAAUUUGUAAACAUUGACUUGUAUUAUGAUUCAUGUAUCAAGUGAUCACGAGAUGUAUUGUUUAUCAACUAGUUUAUCACAAUUUUGAAAUGUUUUGUGCAUGCAUAUGAGUAGUGGCAUCUCAAAGAUGCCAGGCGGGGAGUGUAGUGGAACCAAGAGUUAUCUCUCUUGAUCUUGUAUUGUACAGUCUGAGAGUUAUUCCUCUUUAUGUGGAACUCUUCUAUGUUUAGUUUUUCACGCUGUAUACGUGCGGUCCCGCCGCAGUGCUACACAUUUUCUAUACCAACAUAUUCCAUGUUUCAUCCUUGUCCCCUCAAAUUGUAAGUAUCAUAUGCAUUUAGAUAUAUGAAAUAUUCAUUUUAUUUGUUGUUUUUGCCAUGACAUGUUUAUAUAAGCAAACAUAAGCACCCUCGUAAUGACUGUUACUGUAGUAGGUUGUAGGCGCCAUAUUUUCUCGUGUUUACAUUUGUUGAUGUUAAACAUAUAAGGAUACCUUCAUUAUUUAUAUGAUUUACUGGUCAUUAAUAAGUACACAGCACACCUAUAAAGUGUGAUUUCUUUGUUUAUAUUUUUCAAUUAAAUUGUUUUCCAUUUUUUACCUACAUUCCAUAAUUUCCCUCGGGCUACUGUUUCAAUACUGGGUGCACAUUUUGGAAUUCGUCUAUUUUGAUAAUUGUCAAUUUAUUUCUUAUGAGAACUAUGAUAUAUAUACAUAUAUGAUAUAAAUGUAUUAUUGUGUGAAUUGUUAAAAUGUCAGUUUGCAUAUUAUCCCAUGUAUUCAUAAAUUGUUUAUAUUUUGUUUCAGCAAUUUACCACUUCAGAUCUACAUCAGAUCUACAUUCAAUAAAGAUUACCAA